AUGUCAAACCCUGCUUCUUCCAAUGCCAUGACUACAUCAAGCACUGCUGCAUCUUCUUUUUCAAACAAAAGCUGUUACCGGUUAUAUGCUGGUCAUGGAAAUUGGAUCAAUCUCAAUGCAAAAACCACGCAAGAUUUACUAAAGAUUUUUGUCAAGGGGGAGCCAUGUCGCUAUCAGUUGGCAGCCGGUCUCUUUAUUGAUAUCAUACCCAACGAUGUCGACUGCAACAGCAAGAACAUUGAUAUGGUGGGCCUGAUGCGCGCAGAUUUGGUGUAUGAACCUCAGAUGAUGGAGAACCAUGUUCAACAACUUAUGUCACACUAUAUUCGUUCUCUGCUAGACGGACAAGGCAUCAUUGACGCAUUUCCUCCACUCAGACAAGGCGAAGACCUGCCCAUCGUUACAUCGCUUCCUACGCAUCGCCAUUUGAGCCUGGUGCCUUCCGUGGUUGGUACAGUCAGAAGAGGGCCCAAAUCAACUGCUAGUAGUGGUGCAGCUCAGCAAAGAAAAGUGGUAUCCUCCUCAUCCUCCUCUUCAGUCAGUAUGCCAGAUGACGAUCCUCUUGUCUUGUCUUCGUCAUCGUCUUCCUCAGCAACGCAUGAUCCCAUGUCCAAUAUCGGCAACACUAGCAGUAGAAAGACAGCCCUGAAUACCUCUGGUGCCGUUACUACAAGAAGAUCUCAACUCAAGCGCGGUCGACAAAACAGUGACAAUGUAGAUUCAAUUGAGCUCAUAUCUCAACACCAUCAUCCUAAACGGCACAUGAUGUCUUUGGAGCUACCCAAUCUCAACACAGGUGCUCUUGCUGCUACUGCUACUACCAACCACUCGGUAUUCAAUACAAACAAUGCAACAUCUCUCGGCGUGUCUUCGUUUAUGGAUCACACAACAAACCACGGUCAUGGUGGGUUGGUUGGUUUCCAUCAUCAGCAACAACAACAUGGCAACAGUUUCUGGCUACCUUCUUAUCAAAGCUCACCUAUGCCAACAAACAGCCGUUCCUCUGGUGGUGGCUUCAGUUUUGAAUUUGGCAUGGAUUUCGAUCACACACUGCAACAACCACAGCAUCAGCCCCACCAACAACAACACAAACAAUCGCCUACGGACGUUUUGCAUGAUUAUGACAUGUCUCAUCAAAUGAUGUCAAACGAGCAUGACCUGUAUUCAAACCAUAAUGCAACAGCAGCAGCAGCAGCAGCAGCAGCCUUUGCAGCAUCAGACAAUGUAGUUACACACAUGCAUCACCAUCAUCACCAUGUCGAUCAUUCUCAUUUAUUAAAUGACAAUCAACAACAACAUAUAAUGACUACUGCUUCUUCCAGUGAUACAACAAGUCUUGAAAGUUUUGUGCCUGCAUCUCCUAUCCCAACAAAUUGGCUUGAAUCAACACAACGUCAUCAGCAAUCUAGAGAGAGUGCCCAUUGGCAACACCAUUAUGCUCUCUCUGGUACUACUGCAACUGACCCUAAAACUACUGCAUUGACAACAGGAACAUCUUCGUUGGGCGCCGACGACCUCAAGAAACUUAAAUUCGAGUACAACACUACUGUAGAUAACGCUCAAGCCAUGAUGGAUACAGCUCCAAACACUACCGCCACGACUGACGCACCUCUGUCUGUAGUUGGUUUUGACAACGGUACUGGCAACAGCGACAACAGUAACCAUGGCAACGACGAUAGUAAAAAUCAUACAUUCCUCACACACGUAGACGCACCUUCCUCAUCUCCCUCUAGCUCUUCUUAUUCUUCACCCACAACUACAUCCCAAUAA